AUGGAGAAUCACCCGGCGGGAGAUCGUCCGCCAGCUCCACCGGCCUCCGCGAUGGACGACCAAGAACUCCUUGAAAACAUCGACGGCCGCAUGCACGGCCCCAUGGGCGGAUUUGUCAAGAAAUACUUUGGCAACCUUCAGUACGCGCGUCAAGAUGCCUCAUUGGAAAUCCAGAGAGCCGGAGGAGGAGUUGGUGGCCGCUGCGCAAUUCCAUCGACCGCUCCAUCACCCGACAACUUCCUACGAUGGUUCUCCAGCCAUGCGUCGCGGGAGCUUGACGGCGCCCGAGGCUCCCGGCACAUAUCGAGCAACGAAAUAGCCCCCGAGCACCAGAGUGCACGUCUCCUCUUGACCAUGCCCACCUCCCCGGCCUCCAACGUACCGACAAGAUGGGACCAUGUUCAGGUUGUUGGCCAGUUUUACCGCCAUGGUUGCGUUUGUUAUCAGGAUGGUCUUUUACGCCUCUGCCAGUCCGCACAACAGGUCUUCGCCAGUCAGCCUACACGGCUCUUCUUGCACGGCUUCUACAUCCGCGAUUCACUGAUCGAACUCUGGGCCUUUGAUCGAUCCGGCUUAUAUUGUAGCGACGUAUUCGAUGUUCAGAAAGAUUUUAUCCAAUUUUUCUCCAUCAUUGUCAGCUAUCAGUGUAUGACAGACCAGGACCUGGGGAAGAACAACCUCAUUGAGACGGAUGAGAGCGGCAGCUAUAUUGUCCUUGAUAGCAAGGCGAUGCCCUCCCUGGGAAAGCUCUACCUCGAAAGCCAACCAAUUGCGUCGCGGGAAAGCGUUGUUGGCACGGGAACAACUUGCUACCGGGCUAGAAUGCCUGGUUCGAAUCGAUGGGAUUACGUGUUGAAGUUCAAAUGGCGUUGGGCCAGACAGCGUCCGGAAGACGAGCUUCUGAAACUGGUCCAAGAGAGACGCGUCUGGGGUGCCAUCUCCCUGGACCACUACAAGGAACUCGAGAGUACGGCGAAUCUGCGUCGAAGUCUCCGAUGGGGGUCACAUAGAAAGUUUGUUAGGGCACACUCGCCCGAGAGACAUGCAAGCGUGGAUGAACAACGACGGCAUGAUGCUUGCAGCGCCAACGGACUCGUCGACUGUACAGAAGAAACCGGCCAUUUCUUUCAAAAUCGCAUCCUUGCCUGCACCCUUACUUCUCCCGUCGGCCGAUCCCUUUGCACUUUUCAGUCUAAUGGAGAGUUGCUUCGAGUAUUUCGUGAUGCUAUCAAGUGUCACCGAUCACUGUUUUGUGACGCCAAAAUUCUCCACAAAGAUGUGUCUCCGGGCAACAUGAUCAUUCUGGAUGGCCAAGAUGAAGGAAAGCCCCAGGGGAUCUUGAUAGACCUCGAUUCCGCAGUGGAGCUCGCUGAAGAAUCAGGAACAGAGCUCGGGAUUACCGGCACCAGACCAUUCAUGGCUAUUGGUGUUCUGAAGGGUCAAUACCAUACUUACCGGCACGACUUGGAGUCCUUCCUUUACGUUUUCUUGUGGGCAAUCAUAACGAACCACGGGGAGAAUCCCCCAGCCACAAGCAAGCUCCGACAAUGGAGCAACGGCAACUGGGAAGAGUUGGCGCUACGCAAGUCUCUUGACAUGGAUCGAGAUAACUUUCAAAGUAUCUUGGGGGAGAUUAGCCCCGAGUUCCGUUCCCUUAAGCCGCUCGCCGAAAGCCUACGCCAAAUUUUGUUUCCCUUACGGGACGGUGUGAUUUGGACAGGGAGCGACGGCUCGUCUGAAGCUGUAGACAAGCUUUACGACAAUAUAAUACACGCGCUCGAAGAGGCCAUUGUAUUCUGA